UAUAUCCCUUGUAUCUAUCUCUCCAAUCUCUGUAAAUCAGUAUCUCUUUCAAUCUUCUCUCUCUCUAAAAUCUCUCGAGAAAACUGUUCUGGUUAAGCUCUCACUUCUCUCCCUCUCUAAAAUCUCCUAAGAAAACUGUCCUGGUUAAGCUCUCACUCUGUCUCUCUCCCUUCACAUGUGGUUUCCUCCUCCCAAACCUAUCUUUUCUCUGUACCUCUUAUCGCCUCCGUACAUCUCUCAUCCAUCUCUUUCUCUUUCUCUUUCUUGAUAAACCCAUCAUUUUGUAUUUCUAUCUGUUUCUUUCCCAACUUAUCUUCUCUCUCUCUCUAACUCUUUUCCUGAUCAAACCCCCCAUCAUUUUGCCGACCUUUCCCUUGCAUUCCGUCUCUCUCUCUCUCUCUCUGAAACCCCAUUUGCAUCUACCUCAUACUUCCAGUUUUCAUUGCAAAACCCAUCUGCUCUCUCUAGAGACUUUUUCACCCAUCGUUCCAUAUCGACCUUCUCUCUCUACCUCUCUUCUGCUGUCUCGUAGACAAUGUUACGGCAGAAGAAAUCCGAAACCAAGAGGAAGAAGAGAGAGAAACAACUCAUCUUGCGGAACCUGCCAUUGCUUCUGCAGCUUCCUCUAGUCCUCAUUGCCGUCUUUCCGUUUCAAACCGCUUUUUCUCAGUCAUGGGACGGAAUAGUAGUGACCCAAGCUGAUUAUCAAGCUCUUCAAGCUUUUAAGCAUGCUCUCGACGAUCCCAAAGGGGUUCUGAGGAGCUGGAAUGAUUCAGGAGUUGGGGUUUGUUCAGGUGGAUGGAUUGGGAUCAAAUGUGUUCAGGGCCAAGUUAUAGCUAUUCAGCUUCCAUGGAAGGGCUUAGGCGGCCGUAUCUCUGAACAGGUAGGCCAGCUCCCUGCUUUAAGAAAGCUCAGUCUCCAUGAUAAUGUGAUAGAAGGAGCUUUUCCUUCCUCUCUUUGGCUUUUGCCCACUCUAAGAGGAGUUUAUCUCUUUAACAAUAGGCUUUCGGGCACUAUUCCUCCCAUUGUUUCUCUAUCACCUCUGCUUCAAACUCUUGAUAUUCGUAACAAUUCUUUCACUGGGGUUAUUCCGAAAGGGUUUGCAAACUCUACCAGACUGUAUAGGCUCAAUCUGGCUUACAAUCGGUUUGUUGGUUCGAUCCCAGUUGAUCUUACGCAGUCUUCGUCUCUCACCUUUCUCUCUCUACAAAAUAAUAGUCUCUCUGGUCCCGUUCCUGAUACUUGGGGUGGUGGGAUAAGAACUAGUCUUGAUUCAGAAGGGUCCUACCAGCUUCAGUUGUUGAAUUUGGAGCAUAACUCUCUCUCUGGACCGGUGCCUCCUUCUCUCUCUAGGCUCAAAAAACUAGAAGAGCUUUACCUGGGUUCUAACCAGAUCAAUGGAAGCAUGCCAGAGGAGUUGGGAGAGUUGCCAAGGUUGCGCAAUCUCGAUCUUUCCAGCAACUCCAUUAGUGGAAACUUGCCCCUCCCUCUCUUAAACCUCUCGUCGUUAGUCCAACUAAACAUUGGUAACAAUCAAAUCAGUAGCACUAUCCCAGAAGCCAUUAACAAGCUUGAGAAGCUCUCUGUUCUGGUACUGAAACAUAACAGAAUCAAUGGCUCAAUCCCCUCUUCUUUAAGCAAAAUCUCUGGUCUCUCUCAGCUCGAUCUCUCUGAAAACAAUCUAACAGGGCGCAUUCCUCCAAGCCUAGCUGAUUUACCCAAUUUAGACUCAUUGAAUGUCUCUUAUAACAACCUCUCUGGCUCUGUUCCCCCUCUUCUCUCUCUAAAAUUCAACUCAAGCUCAUUCAAAGGAAACCUCCAACUAUGUGGAUACAGUCCAUCAGUCCCCUGCUCAGCUCCACCACACCCACCCUUCCCCCCACCCUCUAACCCCCCGAACUCCCACAAGAAGGAACUCACCAAGAGAGAGAAGAUACUCAUAAUAGUGGGUGGCGUCUUACUAGUCUUUGUAUUGCUCCUCUGUUGCUUAUUGAUCCUAUGCUGGGUUUCUAGAGAGAGAAAGAAGACUAAUGGGAAAGGGGGAAAUGGUGCAGGGGCAAAAGGGGUGGCACCACCUGUAGGGGGUGGAGGAGGAGAAGAAGGAGGGGGUGAGGCUGGGGGAAAAUUGGUCCAUUUUGAUGGGCCAUUGGCCUUCACAGCUGAUGAUCUGUUGUGUGCAACUGCUGAAGUUAUGGGAAAGAGCACUUAUGGGACUGUGUAUAAGGCCACAUUAGAGGAUGGGAAUCAGGUUGCAGUGAAGAGGCUUAGAGAGAGAAUAUCUAAAGGGCAGAGAGAGUUUGAGGCUGAGGCAGGGACUUUGGGGAAGAUAAGGCACCCGAAUUUGCUUCCAUUGAGGGCUUACUACUGGGGUCCCAAGGAUGAAAAGCUGCUCGUUUUUGACUUCAUGCCUGGUGGGAGCCUCGCUGCAUUCCUUCAUGCAAGGGGCCCUGAGACGCCAAUCGACUGGAGCACACGCAUGAACAUUGCCAUCAGCACAGCCCGCGGCCUCCACCACCUCCAUACACGUGAGAACAUCGUCCACGGCAACCUCACUGCUGGCAACAUCCUCCUUGACGAAGACCGCAAUGCAAAGAUCGCCGACUUCGGCCUCUCCCGCCUCAUGACCGCCGCAGCCAACUCCAACGUCAUUGCCACCGCUGGUGCCCUUGGCUACCGAGCCCCCGAGCUCUCAAAACUCAAGAAAGCGAGCACAAAAACGGACAUCUAUAGCCUUGGGGUUGUUUUGUUGGAACUUCUAACCGGCAAGGCUCCUAGUGAUGCUUCUAGUACUGGUGCUAGUUUGCCCGAAUGGGUGGCCUCUAUAGUUAAGGAAGAGUGGACUAAUGAGGUCUUUGAUCUUGAGCUCAUUAGGGAUUCAGCUAACACUGGGGAUGAACUAUUGAACACUUUGAAGCUGGCUUUGCACUGUGUGGAUCCUUCUCCUUCUGCUAGGCCAGAUAUUGAGCACGUUUUGCAUCAGUUGGAGGAGAUCAAGCCUGAGUUAGCAGCAACACAACCAGAAGCUGGUGCUACCACUUCUACUACUGAGGCUGCUGCCUCUGCCUCUUGAUGACUGCUUACUUGGCUGGCUCUCUAUUAAUACCAUUUUUAAACUUGGAUGAAUUGGACACUGGUUCACAUCCAAGUUGAGAGGAAAGAGCGACUUUAUUCUUUCAUUCUUGUUGUUGUGUGACUUAGGAUUUUGGAUUAAUGUAGUAGUAGUUGGUUGAGAGAGGAGCCAGGUCCAGGUCUCCUAACUGUGAUGAUUUGAUGAAUUUUGCUUGUAUAUAAGUACUGUUACAUCUGUUGGUUUUAAUUAAAAGAAUAAAGAAUAAGACCAUUUAUUUUUGGUA